AUGGUUACGCGAGAGACGACUUUAUAUAAAAUCCCGUUUAAAAAAUGCCAAGGCGCUCUUAUUCAAGAUGAACGCGCUACAAUAGAAUUGUAUGUUGAAUGGCCCCAGAACGGUGGUGACGAUCCUGUUCUUGUUCUAAAUGUUGCUGAUAAAAAUCCAUCAAUGUAUACUAAACACGAUCAUGUAUUACCAGCACUCAUUCACCAUUAUGCAUCACCACCGCAGCAACAAGAUAAUUUGCAUCCGAUCGAUCCUCCGCAGCAAUAUAAGCUUCCACACGAUGUGUCAACGGCAAUGGCGUCAAGAGACCAUAAUGAUGAUUCAUUGACUACAACUGCAGAAUCAAGAUCGGCAGCAAUUCAAAAAAUAAAAAGCCAGUUGAUGUCUCAACUUUCAUCGAUACCGGAACUUCCACAGACUAAUGGUUUCAUGCAUUCAGUAUGUGAAAAUGCUAUUUCAACUUCUACAUCGAAUACGACUAACUCUUUCACUGAAAUGCAGUUGCUGACUACCAGCCCACUCUUAUCAGCGAAGCCUGUGCCUGCUAUCACGCCAAACAUGCAGGAUCCCCAACAACCGUCGCCAUCGUCUUAUAAAGCUGUAACACCGGUUGUUUGUAACUGUAAUAAUCCGUUCAAUCACCACGAUUACAAUUGCUCAGUGGUGGCGUUAGCUCCUCAGCAAAUAACAUUUAGUCUCACACCAGAUGAUUCAUGUUCAACUGCAAAUAAUCGAACGCCUACUCCACGAAUGAGUCAUCAGACGCAAAGUUAUCUGAAUGAUGCGUACUCAACACCUUCAGCACAAGCAGUCACUUCGGUACCGUUUUCCAAUAGCGAUUAUAUACUAACAUCUGCUUCGCCACAAAGCCUCAUGACAAGUCCUUCACAGCAGUCGUCAGUCUCUGGCAAUAACUCGACAUGUCCAGCAAAGAAAACCUCCUCAAUGAUGCCAAACAAUCAGCAUCAACCGCACGCAUUUCUAUUUUCUCCAGUAUCUUCAAUGAACUAUCCAUCUAGUACAUUGAAUCAAGGUUCUAUCUUAUCACCAAGAAUGUUGCCAACGAAUAUGUCAUGUAAGCAAAAUUCUCAACAAAUGGAACAGUCGCUUUUUUCGAAUACUGAUAGUUGUCAAACACGUAAACAAGUUAUAAAUAGAAUAAAUUCACCACCGCAACAACAUCAAAGUCAUGUUGUUUCUGCUAUGACACCUACUCGUGUAUGUCAACAACAGGGCAAUUUUUCGCAUCAAAAUACUUUUGAGAUGUCUAACAGUUUAUCGAUUACUCAUGGUCAACAGGAUGUUAUGAAUGAUUCCAGAGAAGAUCUCGCACAACGUCAUUCAUCUAGUAUAGAUCAAACGAUCAGAUCACCGGUGAGUCUUGAUAGCACGUUGAUGGCCAAUACUCGUCGAACGCCGACCAGUUCACCAGAUAUUGAUGGAGCGAUCAGUGACUUUUCUCAAGACAGAGGCAUGCUUGUAACUGGUAACAUGUCCAACCAAAAUUCUUUGUGCAGACAGGAGCCAUUGCCAUCUUUCCCGCCUAUAUGGAUUCAGAGUGACGCAGUGGAAACCGUAACGUAUUUAUCAUCAUUAGAAACUCGACAGACACCACCCACAAGUAAUUCGAAUUUGUUCGCAUCAAUGCAUUCCAAUGGCAUGAGCGCCAUGCCACAUAUUGCUCGUCAAUCUACUCCAGAUUACAAUACAAUGCAAAUCACAUUACAGCAACAAUCGAUUACGGGGAGGAAAAAAAGAAUUGGAGUGAGACAAAUAAAUGAGACAGGGACUAAGCGUGGUCGUAAAACUAAUGCAUCAAAACUGCAACUACUGAAGACACCAGUACCGAUGAUAUCAACAAAAUCUGUUCUAAUUGCUCAGCAAUCAUCAGGUGAUACACAGCGAAUGACAGCAGAAGUUGACCCGAUGAGACAGUCAGAGCAUAAAAUACAGCUUAACUACACGGCUGAUUACGAGUUUCAAGAAGAUGAUUUACCCAAAAAUGAUGAGCGCGUCGCUCCUUUAACAUCACCAUUAUCAAUACAAACGCUCACAUAUUCUUCAACAGCAGCGCCAGAGCUCAUACCUAACCAAUUAACAACUUCCGUAUCGGCAACAAAUUCUAGUAUUAUUUAUGAAACAUAUUUCUCCCCACCUACUUUACCUUCCCUGAGCACUUGGCAAGAAAAUCAAGUGACUUUGUCGGUAGUAACGCCACCUAGUAUAAACAAUACUUGUUCGUCUGAGUAUCAACCGCUCUCUCAAAUACCGGACCAUGGCAAAUCCGACGAUUGCACUCAAAUGUCAUCGUCUCAAUCUCGUGACAAUACUGCUCCUCUAGUCAAAACACGCAAAGAUAAUUGCCAUGUCCAUAAGACAAUGAAGUCAGCGUCGAAAAGUUCUGGAAAAGCAAAUCCAGUUCGUAAAUAUACGCCGAAACGUUUCCAGCAACAACAGAAUUUACAUUCGCCGGGUCGAAAACUUCGAUGUACACGUUGCAAUUCUGAUCGAAUCACUGAUAUAACUCAGCAUGAGUUUUGCGGACAGAAAAACUUAGUGUUCGAAUGUCAAUCUUGUGGAAAUGCGUCUCUUCGAUCUAAUGUCUCGGCAGCUGAACGAAAACGGCGUUUAAAUAAAGUGGCUACAGAUCAUCUCCAUCGGAUCGAAUGUCAGUUUUGUCAUGGAAUAUUCCAUUCGCAUAAUGAAUAUUUGAUGCAUCUCAAGAAUGAUCAUGCCUCUGAUAAAUAG